AUGGAUGUGUCCCCUCCCAGCAGUGACCUUGUUUCUGAGUCUGAUGAUUCUGCACAGGCUACGGCUACUGUGCAGGCUGUCGAAAUUCUGUCUCUGCCCGAUGUUUCACUUGCAACUGUGUCCGAACCCGCGCCUACGUCGGCGACUGAUUUAGUGUCGACAGCUGUUUCGCAGACUGUGUCGGUACCGGAAUUCUCUGGUACGGUGACUGACUUCGUUGACGUGGCCGCCAGUGCUCCCGUUCCCACUGCUGCCGUGGACUCGCAGGAUUUUUUUGCGACUCCGAAACCGCGGCGUGAUGAAUUUCCGUCUCGAAGUUCUAGCAGGCAACGUGCACGCAGUGUCGGUCGGUCGCCUUCCUCAGGCAGGGGGUUUACACGACCGGACCGCAGCCCGUCUCCGGCUGACCGUACCCCCGCCGCUUCCCGGCAGUCGCGGGUUGGUCGGCAGGACUCACAACAGCGUGUCGCGCGUCGGGACCUAGACCCCGAGCGGCGGCAGUCUCAGGCUUCCGGCUCCGGCCGUCAGACACAGCAAUCACAACAUCAACAACAACAACGGCGUGCCGCUUCUCGCCAGCGUCUGCCUGACGAUCCUAACGUUGCCGAUCAGAAGCGUGAUGUCGCUGUUCGACAUUUACGAACCGUUUUAAGUCAGCAGCCCGUUGGUUCCGAUUCAGUUGUGACGGCCGACACGGCUUUGGCUGUGGCGACGCCGCAAUUGCCGACGAAACGGAAGGCCGAAGACACCCACCAGCGUCGUGUCUGUCCUUCUGCCCCCGAGCGAGUGCCGACUUCUUCAGACGUGGAGAUGCCCGCCGUUGAUCCUUUAUCGGUAGCUUCCGGUGGCGCAGAUUCUGGGACCGCGUCCACCCCCACUCCCGUCCACCCCACUGCGUGGGCGGAGGACGUGGAAGGUGUGUCGGUGACAUUCUUCGCGCUCUUCGGGGCUCGCCAAGCAGGAAUAAAUGGGAGUAUCGGCUACCUCAGCAUGACUGGAAGGUGGUGUGGAGAAACCUCGCCGCCGCCGUCAUUCCGGCCCACGUUCACGCGACGUGGUAUAAAACAGGAUUGUCCUAAACGGAAACGGCCUGCCCAGCUGCCCACUGUAGGUAAUUUAAAUGAUGCCAGCUUUGCUUCUGUGGCCGCCACGGGUUUGGGUACCGCCCCCCCCGCGCCCGCGCGCCGUGUAGCUGACGCUAACUUUGCUGCCACCCCGAUGGCUAUGGAUGUGUCCACUACCGAUAGUGACUCUGCUUCUGUGUCUGCUGUGUUAGAUUCAAUGUCUCCGGCUCCGGCUGACGGGACAACUAUCGAAAAUCUGGUAGUAACGAAUGUUUCACAAGUGACAGUGUCCGAACCCGUGCAGCAGUCGGCGCGUGAUUUAGUGUCGGAACCUGUUUCGCUGUCAGUGACAGUACCGGAACAGUCCGGUUCUUUGAUUGCCCCUGUUACUGUGCCUGCCGGUUCUCCUAAUUCCGCUGCUGCUGUGGAAUCACAGGCAUUUUUUGUAGCACCGAAACCGAGACGGGACGAACAUUCGUCUCGUAGUUCAAGUCGGCAACGUGCGCGUAGUGUUGGUCGGUCGCCUCCCUCUGAUAGGGGUCUUCCGCGACCCGAUCGCAGUCCGUCUCCGGUUGGGCGUUCCCCCGACGCCUCCCGACCGACACGACCCGGUCGGCAGGCUUCCCAACAGCGUGCUUCCCGACGGGACCUUGCCGACGAGCGGCGUUCGUCUCAGGCUCCUGGCUCUGGGCGUCAGCCCGUGGACCAACAACAACAACGGCGCGCCUCUCCUCGCCGUCAGCUGCCUGCCGAAAUCAAUGUUGCUGAUCAAAAACGUGACGUCGCUGUUCGGCACUUAAGGACUGUCUUAAGCCAGCCGGGCGCAGGCGACGACUCCGGGCAACCGACCGACACUGUUUCGGCUGUGUUGACACCGCAAUUGCCGACCAAACGUAAGGCGGAAGACACACACCAGCGUCGCGUUUGUCCUUCUGCUACUGAACGUGUGCCGGCUUCUUCUCCUGAUGUCGAGAUGUCUGUCGUUGGUCCCAUGUCGGUGGACUCUAGUGGAACGGAUUCUGGGACCGCGCCACCCCCACACCCCCCUCCCGCCGCCCCCCAGGACUGGGCGGCGGACGUGGAGGCCAGUGACGCGACUUAG